ACACACACACACACACACACACACACACACACACACACACACACACACACACACACACACACACACUCACCCACUAGCUCAUUCACACACGGAGCAUCCUCCCUUCAGGUCUCCGGGUCCAGCCCCUCCUGCGCUUCCUGCAAACCUUUCCUUUUCUGCAUCCCACUCCCCAAUUCCCUCCGGCCCCGGGACCCUCCCCGCCGAUCCCACCCCCAGUCCCAGGAUGGAACGGAGCGAGCCAGCCCGGAGCCCCCCGCGGCCGGGGUGACGGUCCCCCGCCCCUCUCCCUCCCGGGCCCCCGCCUCGAGCACCAUGGGCCGGAGGGGUUCCCGAGGCGCCGGACGCUGAAGAUGACCGAGGCUGGAGGUCUUUUGAGUCAUGGCUUCUUCAAAGCUCCGAGAACCAGCAGAUGAGGUUUUUGACCUGGACUUGGCCGUGCCAGAGACCGUCAGACUGGACAGCAGUUUACACAAGGCCCGGGCCCAACUGCUGGCCAAGGGCCGGAGACACCGGCCCUCCCGCUCGAGGCUCCGAGACAGUGCCAGCUCCGCCGAGGACGGUGAAGGCUCCGACGGGCCCGGAGGCAAGGUGAUCGACGGCUGCGGGAGCCCCCUGCACCGGCUGCGCUCGCCCUUGCACUCGGGCCCGGGGUCCCCGGCCGGGGGGUCUUUCUGCCUGGAGCCUCCGGGGCUGCGGCGCAGUCUGGACGAGGAUGAGCCGCCGCCCUCGCCGCUCACGCGCUACCGACCCCUGCACAAUGCCGCCUCGCACGAGGGCCUGGCCGCCGCCGCCUGCUCGCCGCCGCGCUCCGCGCCCUUCUCCGACAGCUCGCCCAGCUUCGUGCGCCGCCAUCCGCGCGCGGAGCCGCACAGCGAGGAUGACAGCCGGGAUGCCAGCCCACCUGAGCCUGCCAGCCCCACCAUUGGCUUGGAUAAGAAGACACGACGAAAGUUCCUGGACCUGGGGGUCACCCUGCGCCGAGCAUCCACUGGGAAGAGCAGGAAGGAGAAGGGCAGCAACCGCCUGUCCAUGGGCAGCAGGGAGUCGGUGGAGGGGUCUGGCAGGACAGGGGGCUCCCCGUUCCUGCCCUUCUCCUGGUUCACAGACAGCAGCAAAGGCUCAGCAUCCUCUGGUAGCACCACCUCCCCCGCCUGCUCCCCCAAACAUGAAGGCUUUAGUCCCAAGAAGUCAGCUUCUCAGGAAUCCACCCUGAGUGAUGACUCUACGCCCCCCAGCAGCAGCCCCAAGAUCCCAAGUGGCCCCCGGCAGGAGGCCAAGUGCUCCUACCCCUAUCACACACUGUCCCAGUCUUCGGAUGAGUUCCUGGAUGAGCCCCUCCCUACUGUCCACCACUGGACCAGUCAGCAGGUGGGCCAGUGGCUGCACAGCCUCAACCUGGAGCAGCACGCUGCCGAGUUUGCCGCCCGGCAGGUGGAUGGGCCACAGUUACUGCAGCUGGAUGGAAGCAAACUGAAGAGCCUGGGGCUCAGCAGCUCGCACGACCGGGCACUAGUGAAGCGGAAGUUGAAGGAGCUGGCAGCGGCUGCUGAGAAGGAGCGCAAGGCUCAGGAGAAGGCUGCGCGGCGGCGAGAGAAGCUCCGGCGCAGGGAGCAGGAGGCCAAGAAGAGCUAGAGGAGGGCAGGGGCAGGCGUGGGCACCCAGGCAUGGGGUGGCUGCCGGGCUCGGCAGGCUCAGGCCUCACCAGGGAGGCUGGGCCUGGCCCCAAGCCCUCAGGGCACUCGCCCUCUCUCCCUGACACACUGUCUGGAUCUGCACCCCCAGAAAGGGAGAGCUCAGGGAGAGGGGCUGGUAAUAAACCCUAUUUCAAGGAUGGGUUUGGCACAGAGUUCCUGGGGAAGAUGGCAGAUCCAAGAAAGAGAGCAGAAAGCCCAAGGCCUAAGCAACUCUGGGAGCCCCCUGGAGCCUGGGUCAGGCUGACCUUCUGAGCCCAAGCUGGGGCGGUGCUGGGGCUGGAAGUGAGCUGGAUGCCCACCUGCCUUCCUUCCAGAAGCCUGAGACGGCGAGGAUCCCAGGCCCAGAAGCAGGACUGAGCAGCCAGCCACGCAGGGGAGCCUGUGGAGCUGGUCCCCCCAGCUCUCUGGGGGCUGCAUGUGGGCAGAGCUCUCCUCUGCUCCCCAGGAAGGCCAGUGGACACUGCAGCAAAUCACACUCAGGGUCGACUCCCAGCCAAAUGCCUCAGCAGGAGAGCACAGACGGCAGCAUGGGGAUAGUGCAAGCUUUGUAAACUUUAGAAAGAAGGAACCAUGGAACCCUUCUCUGUGAUUCUUCCCUGUACUGUGGGUCCCAGUGGGUGACAUGACAUCCAUAUAGGUCUGUCCUUCCUGGGCUCUCGUCAAGGCCUGGUCUUUGGCCUAACCCCCAGCCAGGCCCACUUCUCCUACUGUUCCCUCGGAGGAUGCCCGAGACCUCUUGGGGGCAGAGCAAACUUGGGAGCUGGUGGGGACAGGACCACCACCACCCAUGUCUAGGUGGGGCUGGCAGUUUGGGAAGCCAAGUCCCCUGGAAGCUGCUGGACUGGAAGGGUUCACCAGCCCUUCCCCAACCCAGGGCCCUGCCAGGGCCUCAGUGGGCUCCAGGAGCGGCGGCAACGCGGGCUCCGGAUCACUGGGCCGGGGAGGGUGGGGCCGGCUCUGAGCAGCCUCUCACGGCCGCCCCAGGGGCCCUGGCCUCAGGCCUUGUUAGGACCUGUCUGGGGAGGAAGCUUCCAGGGUGGUGGCUUAUUUGCAGGGUCAGGGGACCUGACUGGAAGGCACCUCCCCUCCGCCCACCUGUCCAGAGUGGCCGACAGGAACCAGUGCAUGCUGGCUUCCCUCAUUCCUGGGGGGCGUGUAUGUGUGCACGUGUGAGCCCCAUCCCUGCCUCCCCCCACCUCCACCCCACUGAGGAGCUGUGGGUGGAGGGCCACCCCUGCUACAGCCUGGGCCCUGUCCCUGGGACUCAGCCCAUCCUUUCCUCUCUUUGCCACCUGUGCUGGGAAAGGGGCUUCAGAGGGAAAGUUAUGGGGACGCCGGCCCUCUACAGGCCUGCUGCAGGGACCAGUGGGGGAGGCUGGGAGGCACUUGGGUCCUCGAAGCUGCAGGAACUCUAAUGGGGGCCCACCUGCAUGUGAAGGGGGGGAGGCGGUUAUCAAUUUAUUUCAAUAAACAUAUGACGUGCCAGUGACCUUUCUGUCCGCUUGGCUGGGGGCUGGGCUGGGCCACAGGGCCUGCGCCACAC